CCAUGGCCCAAAAAGGCACCCACCCGAAAACUCUCCCCAAACCCCUCGUCCUCCUCACCGUCGUCUUCCCCGCCGGCCGCCGCUCCCCUCCUCGCCACCGCCGCCAUGCCUUUCCACUUCCAAUUCCCAUGGCUCCCCAACAACCCCACCUCCUCCUCCUCCUCCCCAACGAAACCACCUAGCCCUGCAAUCCCCAACCCCUUCCUCCCCAUCCAGGCCGGCCUCGCCUCCUUCCUCUCCUCCCUCCCGCUCCCACGCGCGGCCUUCCCGCCGCCGCCCUGGGCUCGCAUCUCCUCCGCCUCAGCCUCCGCGGCCUCGGCCUCGGCUCUCCCCGUGGCGGAGAUCGAGGAGCGGCUCGCGGGGGUCCCCGUGUACGCGCUCGCCAACUCCUCGCAGGAGUUCGUGCUCGUGUCGUCCGCCCGCGGUGGGGGUGGGGGUGGGGGAGGUGCCCGGGCGGCGGUGCCGCCGCCGGCGCUCGGGCUCCUGUGCUUCCGGAGGGAGGACGCCGACGCCCUCCUGGCGCAGAUGGACGGGGACAUGGCGGCUGGCUCCACCGUCGUGCCCGUCGCGCUAAACAAGGUUAUCCAACUUAAGUCCGAUGGUGUGGCAUUUAGAUUUGUUCCUGAUUCUUCUCAGGUGGCAAACGCAAUGAAGCUAUAUGUAUCUUUGCAGUUAAUGGAAAAUGAAGGCCAGUAUGUGAAUGAUGGAUUUCCAGGGGUUCCAGUUUUUCAGUCAAGGAGUCUAGUCCUGAUGAGUGAUAACAAGAGAUAUCGUCCAGUUUUCUUCAGAAAGGAGGACUUGGAUAACUCACUACAUCGAGCCUCUCGUGACCAGCAAAAGCCUAACCCUGCUGUAAAAAUGGGUGACAUUCAGGUUUCUUCUUUGGAGAAUAUCAUCAAAUCUAUGAAGGAUAGCUCCUCUUCCAAAUGGGAUGAUGCUGUUUUUAUUCCUCCAGGAUUUGAUCUUGCUACUAGUUCAAAGCAAUCGAAUCAUGACAACUAGAUCUUUAUUUAUGUUGAAGCUGCUUAACUGCUCUUGUCAUGGAAAUGCUUACAUGAACAUAUUGAAGAAAUAGAAUACAUGUUCAUACCAUACUAGCAACUUGAUAAUGGGUAAUGCAAUUAUAAGUUUGUCGUUCCUUA